GCAGUUUUGAUCCUCAGCCUGUUGCUUCGCGCAUGCAUGUGCUGAACGCCUUUUUUUCCCGCUGGCCACGUGUCUUGUUCUAACUUUGAUGGUCCACUAUCUGUGUUAUAGCACCUUCGAGCUACGUUUUCCUUUGGAAAAGUACGUGUCUCUACAGACUGGAGGAUGGCAGGAUUCGAAAGGAACCCCGGCGUCCCUCUUGACCUGGGCUGGGUCGAGUUGUCCCGGGUCAACCUCCCGGCCACCCAGCGAAGAGCCGCCACCCACAAGACCCGCCGCUCCAUCAAGAAAGAGUGGCAGGCAGCGUGGUUGCUUCACGCCGUGACCUGCAUCGAUCUCACCACCUUGUCGGGCGACGACACCCCCGGGAACGUGUCACGACUCUGCCACAAGGCCAACACACCCGUACGACAGGACCUCGUCAAGUCCCUGGACGUUGAAGACGCCGACAUCAAAGUGGGCGCCGUCUGCGUCUACUCGUCCCGCGUCCCGGACGCAGUUGCAGCACUGAAGGAGUUAAAGUGUAAGGUCCCCGUUGCAUCAGUGGCAGCUGGGUUCCCUGCUGGCCAGACGCCGCUAGAAGAGCGGGUGUCUGAAAUACGGAGAGCUAUCGAGUACGGAGCGGAAGAGAUUGACAUUGUCAUCACUCGUACGCACGUCCUGCAGGGGAACUGGCAGGCCCUGUACGAUGAGGUCAGGGCCUUUAGAGAGGCGUGUGGCAACACACACCUCAAGACCAUUCUAGCAACUGGCGAACUGGGGACGCUCACAAACGUCUACAAGGCUAGCCUGGUGUGCAUGAUGGCGGGGUCCGACUUCAUCAAGACAUCAACAGGGAAAGAGGCAGUAAAUGCUACGUUCCCCGUGGCGUUUGUCAUGGUGCGGGCUAUACGGGACUACCACGAGAGAACGGGGUUCAAGGUAGGGUUCAAGCCUGCGGGUGGUAUACGCAGUGCAAAGGAGGCCCUUACCUGGCUGGCACUGAUGAAGGAAGAGCUCGGGGACGAGUGGACGAAACCACACCUGUUUCGAAUCGGAGCCAGCAGUCUGCUGGGCGACAUUGAGCGGCAGCUUUACCACCACGUGACCGGUUGCUAUGCUGCCAAGCACCAUAUGCCGCUUUGUUAGUUUGAGAACUGUAGAGAUGGUCAGACUGAUGGUUUAUUACCAGCUAAACAUGUAGGUGUGCUGAUUUGACUAUCGCCUUUAUAAUACUACAAUUAUGUUGAUCGGCAGAUGUAUGGCUACAGCAACAAUUUUGUUAUAAUUGAUAUCCAUGUAUGAUUAAUGGUUAAUGCUUGUGUAUAAUUAUACACACGAAGUACAGAAAAAGAUUGUGUAGUUUACAGUAAUAUGUUUAUC